AUGGCUGCCACAGCCUUCAAUGGAAAUGGCUAUCGGAUGGGUUCUCGGAUACACGUCCGAACUGCGGAACCUACGCAUGAAGACGCUGCCCUACUUAGGUCUCCAGGUCCAGUCAUUGCAGCCCGAAAGGAGUGUGAUCCCGAUCACCCCGACUGUGAAGCGCCAGCUGUCAAGCCUCAGACGCUCAUUAUUGCUCUCAGUGUUGUGAUUCCCAUUGUUGCCAUCAUGUCGAUCCUCUACUACUUGCACCGACGAGGCAUCAAGAAGCAGAGGAUGGAAGAAGCCAGCGACCCCACGAUGAGUCUUGAUUUUGGCAUCAACGACGACAAGAUGGGCAGGGGCGGUAAGCGGAAAAGUGUGUUCCGUGAGAAGAUGUUGAACCUCGAUCCCAAGCAUCGCGCGCAGGUCUCGAUGGACAUGAACCUCUCCAGCCCGUACCUUCUGCCACCAGCGCUUCAGGGCUCCAAACAGUCCCUUCACUCCCUCGCCCGUAACCUUCACGACGAUGACGACCCCUACCGACCAGUCAACCAGUACGGCAGCGAAGUCGGUUCCAUUCGCUCGUUCCGUCCUGAGAAGGAAGGACGCGCCGGCUCAUCAGUGUACACUGGAUCAACUGAGCGCGGCUCGAGUCUUCACAGCCGUACUCAUCCGCCUCGUCAAAACUCGCUCCCGAAGCCUCCUCCCUUGACUGCCGAUCCUUUCGCAACCCCCACCGGAGCCAGAACGCCGCAGCUUGAAACAUCUCCUAUCUCACCGACUGGUGGCUCCCUCCCUCAUGCCAUUAUCCCCGAGAUUGGAACCGUUUCCUACGCUGAAGACUUCGACGACAGCAACCGUAACCUUCCUCAUGUCCCUGAUGUCACCCAACCGGCCCCGGUAGCGCAACGAGACGCCCGACGCGUCAGCUCUGGUGCUUCGCAGUCGUCCUGGAACGAGCCAGCCGCGCAAUUCCCUGACCCCGCGGCUCACCAAGUCCACAAUGCGGCGCCGACCCUCCAGUCCCCCGUGCUCCCGGAAAUUGGUGUUGGUCUGGGUCUCCACGAAAUGAAUUUCGAGGCCCCACCUCAAACUUUCAACGGUCUACCUUCCAGCCCUGCCGCCCGCGAGACAGACCAAGCUGGUGUUCUUCCCGCCGUCAUGCCCGACGGUCCCAUGGAUUUCGACGAUCGCGACGGCCCGCACGGCCAGCAGUCCCAGAAUUAUGCGGACUAUGAGCAGUAUGAGGAGCGCGGUCGAUCUACGCAGAGGCGCUCCAUGGAGGGUAACUUCCGCGAAUCCCGGGCUCUCGGGCUUGGUGUUCCCCAGCAAGACAACAAGAGGCUUUCUGUAGGGUUGCGGCCUCUGCCACCUAAUGAGGUUAUGGAGUCUGAGGACCCGGAGGAGAGAGCGAACAGAAUCCGAUCCUUUUACAAGGAGUAUUUCGAUGAUUCCAAGCCCCCUGGCGAGCACAACAUGCCUCCUCCUAACCACCAGCAAGGUGGUGCCCAGUACUACGAGGAUUACGAUGCUGGGUACGGCGGUGGCAACGACGCCUUUUACGACCCGGCUUCCAAUUCUUUUGUCAUGCCAUAUGCCCAACCGGUGACAAGGCGCGCGAUGACGCCGCCACCCAGCGGAUCGCGCCUGCGAGGACCUCCUCCUCGAGGUAUGCAUGGGUCUAUUGGAGGUAUGAACAUGCCUCGCGGCAGGCAACAAGGCCCGCCCCGUGCCGGCACAGCGAUGUCGAAUGGCAGAUGGGGAACACCUACACGCCCGGGGUCCUCUCUCUCAAGUGCCUAUGGCCAACCACGACCCGGUUCAUCCGUAUCCAACAAGUUCCAGCGGCAACCCAAGCCCAAGGGCCCACCUCCUACGGCCCUGACCAUGCUACCUAACCCUUCGAAGCUGAGGGACGACAACAUGGCCUUGUUGGGUGCUAUCGACUUUGCGCCUCCAGAGAGCUACGAAGACCGCCAGCGUGGUCGCUCCCAAAGCCCGGCGGGUGAAAGGCGGCCGUUCGCGCCCAAGGUGCCUAUCGCCUCGCCUCUUGUCAGCAGCUUUGAGGAGAUGCCUGCGAUUCCAAGCCCGCACUUGCUCCGAAAGUCGAGCACCUUCACAGCACUUGACUUCGCUCCUCCCCGCAAGUUCCAAAACGAGGACAACAUGAGCGACGCCGGCAGCAUACGUAGCAACCGCAGCGGCAUCUCGGCCGUUCAAGCCCACGCCAUCCGCAGUGGCGCCGGUCGCGUCAGUCGUCUCCCAGGCGAUACAGUCUUCACGCAGGCCAGUCUCGAGACGACGCUGAAACCCUCUUGGGGCAUGCGCACCUAG